AUGAAUAUAAAGGUUUACAUAAACAAUGGAAAAAAUUUAGGUAAUGCAAUAAAAAAAGAUGAUCUUAAUGAAGUAAAAAGAUGUAAGAAUUUAAUUGUUAUUUAUGAUUCAUUACAACUUGCACAUAAAUGUAUUCUUAAUCCAUUUUAUAGUGAGCGAUGGCAUCGAAUGGAAAUGGGAGGUAUUGUUUGUACAACAGGUUCAAGAAUCAUUAAACAUACUCGAGAACUUGUUGAACAAAUUGGACGACCAUUGGAACUUGAUAUAUGUAUAUUACCAGCAACAUUUCCAGAAAAUUAUGAAUUAAUAACACGUGAUCCAUCACGUCCAAAAGUUGUUAUAUCUUAUCCAUGUAGUUUAUUAAAUUUAAUUAUUAAAGAUUAUUAUACAAAUGAUCAAUAUCAUGUAUUAGUUGAUAAAGAAGAACAUCAAUAUGAAAUUCGUUCAGAAAAUUCGAUUGUUUUUUUGUUUUUGAAACUGAUGGUCCAUAUUUAG